UCACAAAAACCCUUUUGCCUUUAUCCCUAAAACCCAUUCCAGAGGUAGACGACGACGACGACGACGAAGAACAAGAGCUAUAACCAUGAGCUCCUUCAAUGAAAACGAUAACAUCGACAAUCUCCUCAUCCAAACCCUACUCGGUCGCCUCCAAAUCCGCCCUCCCCAUUACCCUUUCCUUUCCCAAGCCCUAGACGACCUCCUCUUCAAAUCCGACGACCUCUCUGACGACAGCGACGGCGAAGAUUCCGGCGAUACCCAGCGCAAGCUCGCCCGGGAAGAAUCCAGGCUCGAGAAGGAGCUCGUCCGAAUCAUCGUAUCGGGUAGGAGCGAUUCGCUGAAACCCAAUUCAGGUCAGGCCGUGACCGUCAACGAUCACCACAUCUGUGUCGGGUACCACGAAGAAGAGGGCUCGGAUUAUCGUGUCUGGGAGUGGCACGGACAUAUCAUGCUGUUCGACGAGGACGAUGGGUACACGCCUGAGUAUAUAUACGGGAACUACUUCGAGAGAUUGGCGAAUCUUCAUGGGGAGAAGCAGAAGAAGGAGGUGAAAGAGAAGGAGGAAGAGGAAAAGAUGGAGAAUUUGGGGCUAAAAGAGCUGAUUGAUGGUGGAGAUUCUGCUAGUGGUCGGAUUCUUCACCGGAACAUCAACGUCGGUUCCCCGAGGGUCUAAGGUUCAAAAGGGAAAACACAGUGGGUCGAAAUGAUCGGGGAAGAUCUCAGACACGGAAACAGAGCGCGUUCCCCGCCUGCCCGCUUUGAUUUCAGCCCGAGGGAAGAACUGAACAAUCUCUCUUUUCUUCUUUGGUCGAUCUGUUUUUUCCCCGCUAUCGAGAGGUUCAUAGAAAGUUCUCCUCUGAUAGUUUCCCCU